GGGAUUCACACUCGCUGCAAUCAAGUCUAAAAUAGUGCCUCUUUGUUCACCAGCGGCAGAGGCUCUCAGUGGCACGUCUCCUUCCGCUGUCGCUCGGCCUCCUCCCCCGAUCCCCGCCCCCUGUCCGGACAGCGGCCGUGCAGCGCAGGCGGGGCGCAGCUGGGGCGGCGGGGUGGGGGUGAGGCGCUUUGUUUUUUCCCACAAUGCACCAGCUUCUCCGCGGGAAACAAAAAUGGCGAACGGUUGCGGCAGAGCCGGGCAGUGUGUGAAUCGGCUCUGACCCUCCCCCACUCUCCGCCCGGCGUGGGCUGUCUGGGGGCGCUGCGCAUCGAGGGCCCGGCCGCAGAGAGGCUCCGGGGGAGGGUGCUGAGUCCGCUGAUUUCCCUGCAUGAGGCGGUUGGCACCACUGGAGAGACCGAAUGAGAGACUCUACAGGGGUGGGUAAUUCACUGGUCCAAAAACGGUCUCCUUUACCUCGAAACCAAAAGACACCAACAUCCUUGGCCAAGCUGUCCUUACGGGAUGGACAGAAAGCCAAAAAGCCAGUGUGUAAAUUUGAAGAAGGUCAGGAUGUCCUAGCGAGGUGGUCAGAUGGCUUGUUUUAUCUUGGAACUAUCAAAAAGAUAAACAAAUUGAAACAGAGCUGCUUCGUUAUAUUUGAAGACAGUUCCAAAUCCUGGGUUCUCUGGAAGGAUAUACAAACAGGAGCCACUGAAAGUGGGGAAAUGGUCUGUACGAUAUGUCAGGAAGAGUAUUCCGAAGCACCUAAUGAAAUGGUUAUAUGUGAUAAAUGUGGCCAAGGUUAUCAUCAGCUGUGUCACACACCAAAUAUUGAUUCCAGCGUGAUUGAUUCAGAUGAUAAAUGGCUCUGUCGACAGUGUGUGUUUGCAACAACAACAAAGAGGGGUGGUGCGCUGAAGAAAGGACCAAAUGCCAAAGCGCUACAAGUCAUGAAGCAAACAUUACCAUACAACGUAGCAGACCUUGAAUGGGAUGCAGGCCAUAAAACCAAUAUCCAGCAAUGUUACUGCUACUGUGGAGGCCCUGGAGACUGGUAUUUAAAGAUGCUGCAGUGCUGCAAAUGUAACCAGUGGUUUCAUGAGGCUUGUGUGCAGUGUCUCCAAAAGCCAAUGCUUUUCGGUGACAGGUUUUAUACAUUCAUUUGCUCAGUUUGCAGUUCUGGACCAGAGUACCUCAAACGUUUACCCUUGAGAUGGGUAGAUAUAGCACAUCUAUGCCUUUACAACCUAAGUGUUAUUCAUAAGAAGAAAUACUUUGAUUCAGAGCUUGAACUUAUGACAUACAUUAAUGAAAACUGGGAUAGAUUGCACCCUGGUGAGCUGGCAGACACUCCAAAAUCUGAAAGAUAUGAGCAUGUACUGGAAGCAUUAAAUGAUUACAAGACCAUGUUUAUGUCUGGAAAAGAGAUAAAGAAAAAGAAGCAUUUGUUUGGCUUGAGAAUUCGUGUUCCUCCUAUGCCACCAAAUGCUGCUUUAAAGGCGGAGAAAGAACCGGAGGGAACAUCUCAUGAAUUCAAAAUUAAAGGCAGAAAAUCAUCCAAACCCAUACCUGAUGCAAGGGAAAUAAGUAAUGGCAUUGAAAAACAGGGGAAGAAAAAAUCAGUAGGUCGUCCACCUGGCCCAUAUACAAGAAAAAUGAUUCAAAAAAUUUCAGAGCCGCCGUCUUUGGAUAAGGAACCAGUCCCAGUGCCAGAGAACCCGGCCUUGGAUUUACCCUGCUCUGUUGGGAGAUCUGAUGGAACUGCUCAUUCAUCCAAUACCUCAGAUGUGGAAUCCACAGGUGCUGCCAGUACAAAAGAAACUACCUCAUCUAGCAUUUCCAGGCAUUAUAGUAGCUUAUCAGACUCCAGAAAAAGGACUCGUACAGGAAGAACUUGGCCUGCUGCAAUACCACAUUUGAGGAGAAGAGGUCGCUUUCCACGAAAAGCACUCCAGCCUCAGAAUUCAGAAAUUGUAAAAGAUGAUGACAGCAAAGAAGAUUAUCAAUAUGAUGAACUCAAUACAGAGAUUCUUAACAAUUUAGCAGAUCAGGAAUUGCAGCUGAAUCAUCUAAAGAACUCAAUUACUAGUUAUUUUGGUGCAGCAGGUAGAAUAGCUUGUGGUGAAAAAUACCGUGUUUUGGCUCGUCGGGUAACCCUUGAUGGAAAGGUGCAGUAUCUUGUGGAGUGGGAAGGAGCAACUGCAUCCUGACUGUAGGACUGAACAUUAUGUUCACUGCACUGUCAUCUGUAGGUAAAGUUUAUAACCCAUGGCUCUGAAGGAGACGUGUCUUUACUGUGUUUCUAAAAAAAAAAGAACCAAUUUAGCCUUAACAUGUACUUGUUAACAUUACAAAUAUUGUGAUAAAGAUUUUUCUUAAAAUCAGAUCUGAUACUUAAAUUUUUUUAAUGUGACCAUUGUUAGAUUGUUUUAGGUUGGGAUAUUUUGAGUUACAAUUGCUUAUAAUGUGCAUGGUGUUUAAAAAACUUUCUAGAUAAUUCCAUGGAUACAGUUUUUUGUGAUUAGGGAAAAUACCUAGCUAGCACAAAUCUUUGGAGAAAUCUUGUCUGUUUUCUUACCCAGAUGUUUGCGGAAAUGUAUUUCUAUUUCAGUACACUCUAGAUUUCAUAAAGUGCAGUGUAUAUAAUGCCUACUGUAAAAUAUUGAAAUUUUCUUUCAAGCAAAGUGUAAAAAAAUAUAUUGAGCCUGUAAAUUGCUCUUUGACUAGACUUCAUUGUCUUUUUAAUAUAUUCUUUCCGUGUGUGUGUAUAAAUACACACUAUGUAUACACGCGUGUGUGUAUAUAUGUGUGAUUGUGACCUAUGCAAUACAAAUUAUGGGAUUGGGCAGCUUCUGAGUAUAUGUCCCAUAAUUCUUUUAUCAGGAAUAGUUGCAGUAUUUACACAGCAGCAUUUCUUCUCAGGCUUUAUUGGAUGCUGUUGCUUCCUAUGUACUAAGGAAAAGUGUCAAACCAGUGCAGUGUCUCCUGGCAAUGGGUGCAGUCAUUGAUGUUCAUAUGCUGUUGCUAAUACAGUCAAUUAUUUUCCUUGUAAAUCAGCCAUUCAGAACAUAAAGCAGGAUUUUAAAAUGUUGAACAUGAACUCUAUUAGUAGUAACACUUUAAAGUUUUUGUGGCACAUUGAUUGUAAAUUUUGUCUCCCAGUUAUAAAAGUAAGUCAACAGGAGCCACACACAAGAUUCCUAUAAUGUCUGUAGUAAUUGUUAGUCAUGUUUGAUAAAUGUAGAAUGAACAAAGUAUUUUAUUGCACAGGGUCAACAAACAGUAUGUUGCCAUUGAAGUAACAGUACUGCUUUUAUAACAACUUUACCUCUUUUUGUUUUUAUAAAAUGUACCAAGUUUUAAAUUGAUAACUUUAUUUUGCUUGUAAAGAGACAGUUUAUCACCAGUGUUAAAUGUAUUUUUCUUUGUCUGCUAUUUUGAGGGUUUUUAGCCAAAGAGUAAACAGAAGAAUAUUGUUAUUUUGGUGGUUAUUCACUUUACUGUCUUUCUUACACACUUGGAGUUUGCCACUGAAAUAAUGUUAUGUAAUAUUUGUUAAUUACAUAGUGGUUUAAAUGUAGUCUCUGGUUCAGUACUUAUUUAUUCCAUUACUUAUUAUUUGACUUUUUUUUUAAUUUACUGCCUGUCUUGAGCAUCUUCAAAAGAUGAUUUUUCUGUCACCUUAUUGCCAAAGGAAGCAGAGAAAACUUUGUUGCCCUGUGCUUGGUUCAUUGUUGGCCAGGUAAUAAUAAAUGAGCUUUACAAAAGUGCUUAUUAAGAACUGCCACUUCUGUUUACCUUCACUAAAAUGUGUUUUUUUUCUCUCACAUACCCUCAGCUAUUAAUUUAAAGAUGCCUUGCCUGUAGCUGUAAUAUUUUGAUAAAAGCAAGUUUGUUAAUUUUUGAAUUUUUAUAUCUUGGGGUAAUCCAAAAUGUAAAGUCUUUGUAACAUUACUGUCACAUCUGUAUCUGUCUUAUUUCACUUUAUCCAAAUCCUUUAAUUCUAACUGAACACCAGCAGUAUUCUCAGUAAUGCUUCUUUUUGAAGAUAAAUAUUGGAAUAUACAUGGGGGAAGGGAGAGGGAAAUAACAAUUGUCACACUUACAUUGUCCGUAGUCUUAACUAUUGUGAAUGUCUUUGUUUCAUUUUAUUAUGGUGGUUGACAUGACUCUGAUGUUCAGUUUGUAUUUUUGGAGUUGCAUUUCUUAGAAUUAAAGAAGACCAACAUUAAA